UGACACCCAUUUGCCGGUGGCGCGCCUUUGGGCCCAUGGCCAUGGCGCACAUGCUUGGAUGGGCCGGCCCGUCGCUCCACGCCUCGGAUCACCACUGUCUUCGCCCGCGGCGGCGCACGCCGCCGCCGGAGCCCCUGCCCCCUCUCGGGCGGCGCGGCGGGGACCGGGGCUCACCGCGGCCAUGCGCUGUUCUUGCUAUCCCUCUCGUCAGUUUGUGCCCUCACCCUGAUGAUUUCCGUUUCACUAGCCUUGCACUUCUUGUCUUCUUCCACUCAACAGGUUGGCGCUAGGUUUUGCCGAUUGGGGAUGAACUCGUGACGAAAUUGCAAUGUGGGGCUCUCUCUCGGUAAUGGAUUGGAGAAGUGAUGAACGGCGAGCUUAAACUUAUGGCUUCCUAUGUGAGCAAGCUUAAGUUCAUCUUGCAAAAAGAUCAGCAGCAGGAGCCCCAUACUGCGAACCUUCUAGUCCUACUUGGGAGUAGCAAUCAGGACAAAAGAAAUGGCCUCUCACAGGGAGAAAACAGAAUGGACACUUGUACCAGAAAGAAGCCAAGAAGAUACCAACUCCUCACCAUGCAACAAAAAGAAACGCUUAAUCGUGCAUUUCAAUCAUGUCCGAACCCUGAUAGAAAUGACUUGAAGAAGUUGGCCAAGGAACUAAACAUGACUGAGACCCAAAUCAAAUAUUGGUUCCAGAACUGCAGGACAAAGAUGAAGAAAUUCAAGAACAAUGAGGAGCGCAAACUACUGCAGAAGGAGAAUGAGGAGCUAAAGAAGGAGAAUGCAGAGUUGAGAAAUAGGAUGAAGAACUCAACAUGCCGCGCUUGUGACCUCCCUUUGUUCCAUAUAGAUUGCCGUCAUUGGGAGAAUCCAAUGCUCAACAAGGGUAAUCAUGGCGUUACAAGUAAUCUCAUUCCUCAGGCAGUGUCAUCCUUGCUCCCCAGCUCAAGUGGUUUUGUAGCUUCAGGCUCCAAUCUUAGUAGCAAUGCUGUGCUCAUGCCCGUAUCUGCCAUGCCAUCAUCAGUUUUGCAGCCUGCUCCAGCCGUCUCUGGUGCCAAUUUUCCCAUCUUGCACAAUCUAUCUGCCAAUGCAAAUGAUGGCUAUACGGAAAAAAACGUACUUCUUGAUCUGGCGAACCGUGCAAUGGAAGAGUUCUUUAGUCUAAUGAAGGAGAAUGAGUCUCUUCUUGUCAAAAAAAAGGAGAAUGGGCCUCUCUGGCUCCCACACAUGGAUAUUCUGGGAGUCGAAUCACUUAACUACCAGGAAUACCUUGCAAAAUCCAGGACGAUUGGACAAAAACCUGUUGACUUCAAAGUGGUCGUCACCAGGGACACUGCCAUUGUCAAUGGUAGCUGUGUUGACCUCGUCAAAAGCCUUUUGGAUGCUAACCGCUGGAGAGAGUUGUUUCCAGGCAUCGUGGCAAGUGCAAACACCACCAAGAUCAUCUCUACUGGGCCCUCUAACUUGCACGACGGGUUGCUUCAAUUGAUGCGUGCAGAGCUCCAGGUAAUGUCACCUGAAGUCCCAGUUUGCGAUGUGACAUUCUUGAGGCAGAGUGUGCAGUUUGGAAGUGGACUGUGGUGUGUGGUUGAUGUGUCUAUUGAUACCAUCCUUCCUGGAGAGAGUAAAACAGCUCAGUCCAGUGUGCAGACCAGCAGUACAGCUGCCAGACGCAUGGAAGUCAGGCUGUUGCCAUCAGGCUGUGUUAUUGAAGAAAUGGAGAAUGGCUAUUCCAAGGUGACCUGGAUGGUGCAUGCAGCUUAUGAUGAGAGAGCAGUGCCAGUGCUUUAUCAUUCACUUCUCCGCUCUGCAAAAGCCCUUGGUGCGUGCCGCUGGGUAGCAUCACUCCAGAGACACAGCCAGUUCCUUUCCGGCCUGCACAAAUACAUCUUUUGUCCUGACAGCACAAUGACAGAAGUGGUGAUGCGAAGAAAAGUCCUGUACCUGGUGAAGCAGAUGACGAGCAGCUUCACAGGCCUAUUUGCGUCGAUGUCUAAGGCCACGCUGCAAGAUGGUGAUGAUACUCACUUCGCGCAUCAGAUAGUUGGUGGUGCAACAGGUGAACCUGCCGGACUGCUGCUGAGCGCCACCACAACCAUAUGGCUCCCCGGCGUGAACCCGAGGCACGUGUAUGACCACCUGCGUGAUGAGCAGUGCCAUGGUGAAUGGCGCUGCCUCCUCGGUGAGCAGCUGCAUCAGGGCAAUGCCUUGCCGUAUGGUGCCCCCCUGAAUGGUGAGACCGUGCCAGAGUUCUAUCGCAUGGUGAACGGGCUGCAUGAAGGGCAUGCUAUCUCCCUGAUCAGCCCCAGAGAAAUGGGUGGUAACAUAAGCAACACUCUGCUCCUGCAAGAGGCAAGAACUGAUCUUUCUGGCUCCCUCAUAGUUUACGCCAGGACAGAUGUGAACACCGUGCAUUCCAUCAUGAACAGUGGCCUCAACCCUGCCACCGUCUUCCUCGUAUCCUCUGGAUGUGCCAUUCUUCCUGAUUGCCUGGAAUCAUUCCCUCUACACCCAGCUGCAACUGCAGAUCAGGCCGGCACCUCCAGUGCCGCUAUCGCUAGCAGGAGCGAAACCGGUGGGUCAUUCGUCACCGUCACUUACCAGAUGUUUUUCAGCAGCCAAGGUGGCGCAGCACCUGCCAGCUCAUCAAUUCAUCAAGGCCGUGAUGCGCUCAAGAAAGCCACCGACAUUUUCAAGGUGGUCCUCGACACUCUCACCGUGGCAUAGCGCAAUACCCCAGGGGUAGCAUUUGCAUGCGAAAGUGAAAUCCAGAUCGAGUUAAAUUUCAGUGUUUAAGACUAUGUUGUUUCUGUUGUUCAGGGGAUGGCUUUAUCUCUGAUAGACCCGUGGAUCAUGCUGUUUACCUUGUUUACCAUUUUCAGACUAUCGAUUUGAAAUGUUGAUCAGACAUUUAUAAUAAUUGGAACUUUGAGACAUCAA